AUGGAAGCGGGAAUAAAGUGUUUCGAGGCUCUCUAUUUCAACCGUAUAUUUGAAAGAAUUGACGUUCGCCUUACGCACAUGAUCUUGUACUUGAUUGUCCAACAUAUCCGCCAAGACCCAGAGAGAUAUAUUAAUAAACCCCGCGAAAAGGGUGACCCUGUUUUGGCAUAUAUCCUGAGCCAUAUUCCGGGGAUCACACAAGAAUGGCAUGUGGACAAGCGAUCCCUUCGCAAUGUCAUGAGCAACUAUUUGAGCCAGAGCCUGGCAUCUUGCAUGUACAGUAUUCCUCUUCCUUUCGUCACUAUUCCUGCACUGACGGAUUCAAAAAUUAGCACCGAAUCACACUUUGUUGAUGGCCAAUUGGGAGCUCUGGUGACUUUCAUUGCCCAAACGCGACCUGGAACUGUCGCACUUUUUAGAUCCAUGGGUUCAAUGCUGAACUGUCUAUUGAGUGGACCAGCGGCAGCCGACUUUACUCAGCACUGUCUUCCUGGUGAAGAUAGGUUUAUUGAGGCCAGCAAGACAGAUGAUGCAGCGGCGAUCAAACCCGAUGCCGCAACAUCUUGGAAGCGUACUUUUACAGAGCAAGGUGAUUUCUCUUUUGUGAAGGAAAUGGCUCAAUUCCUUCCACCAUUUUCGGAGAGGUUAGUGUGCUUGAAAAUGUUAGCAGAGCCGAUUGAGAUUCCCAUGUGCAGACACCAUUUAUUGGCAUGA